AUCAAAGAGAUUGUGAAAAUACUAAGAUUAGAAAAUAAUUUGAGAAAACAUCAGAAAAAAAAUGGCGGAACUGUUGUUGGUGGAAACUCCAAUCCCACAGCAAAAGCACUACGAAUCCAAACCAUUCCCGGCGGUGAUAUCACCACCGUCUGCUUCGAUUCCAAUUCCUGCUCUGUCUCUCCCACUAUUCACUCAAACUAUCAAAACUCAGAAACACUAUCUCGAUUCUCUCUUGCACGAAUCCGGAGCAGUGCUAUUCAGAGGUUUUCCGGUGAAUUCCGCCGAUGAUUUCAACGACGUCGUUGAAGCUUUCGGUUUCGAUGAGCUUCCUUACGUCGGAGGCGCUGCUCCUCGCACUAGCGUCGUCGGUCGUGUCUUCACUGCUAAUGAAUCUCCUCCUGAUCAGAAGAUUCCUUUUCACCACGAGAUGGCUCAGGUUCGUGAGUUUCCAUCAAAGUUGUUCUUUUACUGUGAGAUUGAGCCUAAGUGUGGUGGAGAGACUCCAAUUGUGUUGAGUCAUGUUGUGUAUGAGAGAAUGAAAGAUAAACAUCCAGAGUUUGUUCAGAGAUUAGAGGAACAUGGUUUGCUUUAUGUUAGGGUUUUAGGUGAAGAUGAUGAUCCUUCAUCUCCCAUUGGACGUGGUUGGAAAUCUACAUUCUUAACCCAUGACAAGAACCUUGCUGAGCAAAGGGCGGUUGAUUUGGGAAUGAAACUGGAAUGGACAGAGGAUGGUGGAGCCAAGACGGUAAUGGGUCCGAUUCCGGCUAUCAAAUAUGACGAGUCGAGAAACCGUAAAGUAUGGUUUAACAGCAUGGUAGCUGCUUAUACGGGAUGGGAGGAUAAGCGGAAUGAUCCAAGAAAGGCUGUGACUUUUGGGGAUGGAAAGCCUUUACCUGCGGAUAUAGUCCAUGAUUGUCUUAGGAUUCUUGAAGAGGAAUGUGUUGCUGUUCCGUGGCAGAGAGGAGAUGUUUUGCUUAUAGAUAACUGGGCGGUUCUUCAUUCUCGAAGACCGUUUGAUCCUCCUCGUCGAGUUCUUGCAUCACUCUGCAAAUAGAUUAUGUUGUCUUUCAUGCAUAAAUCAAAGCUUUGGAUUUCGAAUUUAGAGGCAACAACAACACUGUACAUAUUUUGGAUACAUAUAUGUGGGUACAUAGUAACCCAUUUCCUUAUUCUAAACAUGUCUUAACUACACUGCAGCAGAAACUAUACAACAUAAGAAGAAACCAAAGACAAACUCGUCGUCCUUCUUUUAUUGUCCGCGGGAUUGAAGCUUUUGCUUUAAGAUCUUGCAAAGAAACUCGACUCAGAGCUCCUCGUGUAGCUUUGAGGACUUAGAUGGUUUCAGGCCUGGUUUGAGGAAUUCAGAAAGCCAUUUUGCGGAUUCUUUCUCCAUACGAGUCAAGUUGUUCUUGAAGUCUAUGUAGUAAACUCCGAACCUAGCUGUGUACCCGUCUUGCCACUCGAAGUUGUCCAUUAAAGACCACAAGAAAUACGAUGUAACAUUCACCUUGUCUUCACUGCAAGAUACAAAAAAUUGAAUCUAAAUGGAAAAAAACAUUUGUACUUAAAAGAUCAAAGCUUACAACAAAGUGAGGAAC